CAACCCACAAUCUUUCCGUAAACAAAUCCACAUCAAGUUGAAACAUUUCGGCGUCUCCCGACUUGGACAUAACCACAGGAUUGUGCAAUGACCUCCACCAGCUCGCGGAGCUCGUCGACUAUUACGGCGACGAGACUGUCAAAUCAGCCACCACUACAGCCGCCGCCACCUAAUCCAUCUAGUCGAUUCCCAGUCACACCAGCUGUAUUGCGCUCCAUAUUCACAUCCUCGCGCACACCCCACGAGGAAAGAUCCAUAUCUCGUGUCGCAUUUUUCAGGUUCGCUGGCUUCCUGCUGAGUUGCGUGUGCAUCAGCUUCGCUGCUGCAAGAGGAAGGGGGAUGAGAGGAAGUGCUGGUCUUCUAGGAGUUGUUUGACCGAUCAGAUGUCAAUGCGAAGUCUCAACUCUGUCAAAAACUUGGGCUCAAAGUCAACUUGUUGAGGAGCAUUAUGGUA